AUUUGUCUCACUUCAAUAUAUUGCACCAGUUCAGCAGUGCUACAAAAAACAGAUUUCUAUUUUUUCGCCUGAUAGUUCAUCAUUUUGCCGUUUACAAUGUCGCCAUCGUCAACGUGAAAUUCUCGGCUGACUGAUCAAGAGCUUUAAAAGUAAUUAUUAUGGGAUCUCUAUUUAAAACCGAGAUGUCCACGAAUUGCGCGAUCGCUGGAGCUAUCAGUGGAUUUUUAACAAGAUUUAUUUGUCAACCUCUUGACGUCAUAAAAAUCAGAUUUCAGUUGCAAGUUGAACCAAUUUCAACACAUUACAAUAGCAAGUAUAAAUCUGUGUCGCAAGCUUUUUGGUUAAUAUUGAGAGAAGAGAGAGUACCUGCUCUAUGGAAAGGACACAUACCUGCACAAUUACUUUCGAUUUCCUAUGGAAUGACUCAGUUUUUUUCAUAUGAUAUGUUGAUGAAAAUGCUGCGAGUGUCGGAAAUUAAGGAAUGGAAUUAUUUGAUGAAUUUUAUUGCUGGUAUUGGAGCAGGAAGUAUGGCAACAGUGGUUUCGUUUCCUUUCGACACUAUAAGAACUAGAUUAGUGGCCCAAUCGAGUAACCAUCAAGUGUAUCAUGGAGUAUUGCAUUCCUGUAGUUCAAUUCUACGACAAGAAUCACUAAGGGUUUUUUUUUCGGGUUUAUCACCAACCUUGUUACAAAUUGCUCCAUAUACUGGUCUGCAAUUUAUGUUCUACAAUAUUUUCACAGAUCUAUAUGGAAAAUAUUUUACUAAUAGUAAAACAAACUUCUACAAUUCCAUGGUGUCUGGUGGCACUUCUGGAUUAAUAGCAAAAACAAUAAUAUAUCCAUUUGAUCUUGCUAAGAAAAGAUUACAGAUACAAGGUUUCCAACGCGGUCGUGAAGGAUUCGGUCAAUUUUUCCAGUGCAAAGGAUUGCUAGAUUGCUUGAUAGUGACUGUGAGAAGAGAGGGAGUACCAGGAUUAUUCAAAGGACUAGUACCAAGUCAAGUGAAAGCUGUCAUAGUUACGGCGUUGCAUUUUACGGCGUAUGAACAAGUUCUAUCUUUGUUGGAGCGAUAAUUUAACGAUAAUAACGAAAUGAUAAUAGUGCGGCUUUUCGAUGAAAUUGAUUCGUACCAGUAUUUACGUAUAUACACGAAAUAUACACGUAAUAUACUUUUGCUAUGUCGCAGUCGUUAAUAAACGACCAUUGAUGUUUUUACCAGAGGACAUUAUUCUUUUCUACACAUUGUAAAGCGAAAGACUGAUUUUUAGUAAAGUUACAUGUAAAUAUAGUAACAAAUAUAUUUAUAUAUGAAUA